AUGCGGCCAACACGUCCUUCAGGCCACAAGCCUCCGACCGUCCCAUCACCUUUCAUGACGACGUUGCUAUCCGAUGAUAUUUAUGACGUAGAGCAGUCUUCUGGUGAACCACUGGUACAGCAUCGAGCUAGGAUAGGGGCCGCAAGCUCGUCUGCUCACAUGCCACAAUCGGUUGGUAACGUCUUCCACUGCGAUGAAUCGCCGUCUCGGCAACACAUUGAGUAUGCCCCAUCAGAUGCCGGCUCAAACAACCACGUUCUGGCAGUGCGCACUAAAUUGCGCCACGCCGUGACAACCGAUAGUCGGAGCGACGCGGCCUCAGACUACAGCGAUAAAGAUCUCUGGAACGCAGAGCCUCAGCAGGCACAGAGUACCACCUCAGCUAACCCAAUGUACUAUUUCGUAGCCCUACCACACGCUGCUCCCAAUGGGUCGCCCAUCGGUCGGACACGCCCUAUCGCCAUCGACAAUUGGUGGCCUGGACCCCUCGACAGCACUAGAAUCACAACGCUCAAAUGGCGCGUAGAACGGGCCAUGGGCACAUUUGACUACUCCCCUGUUGUCAUUCCGGUCGUAGGCGUGUUGCAUCCCAGCGGAAUACGGAGAAACUAUCUAGAAGCCGUCCAUGAAGCCUCAUCACACAAGUUCCAGAACCCAGCACUUGUGGGUCCGCCGCCAAAGUUCAUACUGCCCAAAGGUCGAGGUGAGCUUCGCCGCCAAACCCGUCAAGUCCCUCUCCCAAGCCAGACCGCAACACACUCCACGCCACCUCUGCGAACAGUCCAGGCUAGGCGGUCGAAAUACGUUGUUCCGCGAAUCCUGUCUCGUACAGGAAGCUUCUUCGACGACGACCCAUUCGUUAUGAAGGCCACCCCAACGGUCGAGCAGGCCCUCUCUUGGUCAUACGAGCGUGUAUUGAUGACCACAGAGGAGUAUGAGCAGAAGGUAGCGGAGAUGGCCGAUGACGAGACGAACAUCUCCACUCCUUUAUACGGCAACGAUCCGUUUGCGGCGCUUGCUCAGAACACACGUAGGUCAAAGGCCAUAAUCAGUCCGCAGAGUGGGGGCGGCUAUGGUAGCCAAGACUCUCUAGGUGAAAGCUCUCGCGCUGCAGCCAAGUUCACGAGCGCCGUAUCCCCCGGUCGUACCGAUGCCUCGCCGACACUCAUUUUCGCCAUGUCUCCCUUGGCCCAGGCUUCUCAAUUAGAGCUGUCUGGCACCCAUGGUAGCAAACUUGAAACCAUCGACGAAGGCGUGGAAGAAAGCUCCCGGCAACCGAGCCAGGACCAACAGGUGUCUCCUUUCUCGACCAUCACCCGUAGACUUUCUAAGCCAAAGAAGAUUCUAGCAGAGGCCGAGGUCUUCGCUACCCGUUGUAUGCCCCUCAAGCAGCAGUUGGCUGCCAAUGGGGUGAAGCGAAAAGACAUCAUCCAGCGAGAGGAGGACGAAAUCACUACAUGGCAAGCUUCAGCGCCAUUUGAAGGCGCACAACUCGCCGAGGAGCUGCAGAAGUUUACCACUGCCGCAAAAGAGCAGACUGAAUUGCGCCUUAGGAUUCUGGAUGGGGAGUCGCGAACUAUUCAAAACCGCUUGAGCCGCUUGGGCUUCAUAGAACGCAGUGGCAAGGGACCCGUGCAACUGCAUCUUUGA